AUGUCCGUCAUGGUGAACGCAAAACCACGAACAUUGUGGAUAGCCUCGUGUGGUCUCCUUAUUCUAAUAUGGUCGCUUUGGGCUCUGCAAAAACAUACACAUGCACUUACCGAUAGUAUUCCAUACAUAAACGACAAACCUCCAGCCCCCGUGCGAAUCACAACCCACUCAGCAUCCCCAAUGUCCCGUACAAGCUCUCCAAGACCUACUGCUUCGGCUGGGACCACAGAGGAACGUCCUUAUUCCAUGUCGACCAUAACACCAUUUACGCCGAGUCAGCGAGUCGAGACCGAUCGGCCCCUAAUUUUGUACGCAUACUUUGAGACGGACAAUUCACGCGCGAACUUCGAAUUCUUCCUCAAACACGGUCUGCAUGCAGGCGCUGAUUUUCUGUUUAUUCUUAACGGGGAAAAUAAGGCCGAGGACAGGCUUCCAAAGGCGGACAACAUCAAAUUCGUUAAGAGAGCAAACGAUUGCUAUGAUCUGGGCGCAUUCGCAGAAGUCUUGACCAAGAAUGACUUGUACAAAAGGUACAACAGAUUCAUCACCAUGAAUGCGAGCAUUCGAGGACCAUUUCUGCCCUACUACGCUACGGGAUGUUGGAGCGACAUGUAUCUCUCCCGCCUCACGGAGAAGAACAAGCUUGUCGGUAUGACAUUAAAUUGUAAGCCGGUAAACCACGUGCAAUCCAUGAUUUGGGCCAUCGACCGAGUCGGACUCGAAGUUCUCCUAUUCCCAUCCGAGGAGCUACAAGCGAAAUUCAAGGCAGGCAUCAAGCCAUUCAGAGAAGGGGAACCCGUUCCACCAAUGGAGAUUCCGGGUAUCAACCAUUGUCCGCAUGAAUAUUGGAAAGCUGUUACUGUCGAGGUACACGCUACGCCACUUAUCGAAGCCGCAGGCUAUACGGUCGAUGCAAUGAUGUUUGCAGCACACUCGAGCGAAACUUUUCAAGAAGAAUGCUCGGCAUAUCCGGAUCCGUUAUACGAAGGGAGUUAUUUCGGAACCGAUAUCCAUCCUUUUGAUACCAUAUUUGCGAAAGCGAAUAGAGGUACGAACCAAAAAGUUGUCGAUAGAUUGACCGAGUGGGUGGAUGGUCGAAAGUACAGUUCAUAUGAUUAUUGCCCUACAUAA